CCUGCCUGGAGACUCAUGACGCGGCCCCAGUUCUCACUCCCAUUGCGUGUCCGGUUUCUAGAGCAGCCAAUCAGCGUCUCCGCGGUUCCCGGUUAUAAAGUCUCCACCACCGUCCGGAACUCAGAUUCUCCCCAGAUCGCGAGGAUAAGGAUGAUGAUGCCUCCAACCUUCCUCCUGCUGCUCUCGGGGGCUCUGGUCCUGACCGAGACCUGGGCGGGCUCCCACUCCCUGAGGUAUUUCUACACCGCCGUGUCCCGGCCCGGCCGCGGGGAGCCCCGCUUCAUCGCCGUCGGCUACGUGGACGACACGCAGUUCGUGCGGUUCGACAGCGACGCCGCGAGUCAGACAGCGGAGCCGCGGGCGCCGUGGAUGCAGGAGGGGGCGCAGUAUUGGGGGAACGAGACGCGGAUCUUCAAGGAAGCUGCACAGAGUUUCCGAGUGGGCCUGAACACCCUGCGCGGCUACUACAACCAGAGCGAGGCCGGGUCUCACAGCUUCCAGACAAUGUACGGCUGCGACGUGGGGCCGGACGGGCGCCUCCUCCGCGGGUACAUGCAGGACGCCUACGACGGCGCCGAUUACCUCGCCCUGAACGAGGACCUGCGCUCCUGGACCGCGGCGGACACGGCGGCGCAGAUCACCCGGCGCAAGUGGGAGGCGGCCGGUGAGGCGGAGAGCUACAGGAAAUACGCAAAGGGCCGGUGUGUGAAGUGGCUCCUCAGAUACCUGGAGAACGGGAAGGAGACCCUGCAGCGCGCAGAAGCCCCAAAAAGACACGUGACCCAUCACCCCAUCUCUGACGGUGAGGUCACCCUGAGGUGCUGGGCCCUGGGCUUCUACCCUGCGGAGAUCGCCCUCACCUGGCAGCGUGACGGGGAGGACCUGACGCAGGACACAGAGCUUGUGGAGACCAGGCCUGCAGGGGACGGGACCUUCCAGAAGUGGGCGGCUGUGGUGGUGCCUUCUGGAGAGGAGCAGAGAUACACGUGCCAUGUGCAGCACAAGGGGCUGUCUGAGCCCGUCACCCUGAGAUGGGAGCCACCUUCUCAGUCCAUCAUCCCUAUUGUGGGCAUCAUUGCUGGCCUGGUUCUCUUUGUGGUCACUGUAGCUGUGGUGGCUGGAGCUGUGAUGUGGAGGAAGAAGUGCUCAGGUGAAAAAAGAGGGGGCUACAUUCAGGCUGCAGGAAGUGACAGUGCGCAGGGCUCUGAUGUGUCUCUCACAGAUCCUAAAGUGUGAGACAGCUGCCUUGUGGGGAACUGAGUGAUGCAAGAUUUGUUCACGCUCCCACUUUGUGACUUUGAGAUCCCCUGACUUCUCUUUUUACAACUGGCAUCUGAAUGUGUCUGCGUUCCUAUUAGCAUAAUGUGAGGAGGAGGGGAGAUUGGCCCACCGCCUGCCCACCAUGACCCCUCUGCACAAUGACCUGUGUUCUUCCCCUGAUUGACUUUCCUGUUCUAGCAGAGGCCAGGCUGGGCCAUCUCCAUCCUUGUCUUAACUUCAUGUUGCGCUGAGUAGUAAUGAUAUGCUUCCUUAUUGAAAAUAAGAAUCUGGAUAUGAAUUUUUUUUUCUAAUUCUUGUCGUAAGGCAUUGAUAUGUUAAUUAAAGGAGAAAUUUCCUGAGGUUUGAGAGAGGAAACAAAUGGAAGCACUGAGAACCUUCUAGAA